CACAAAUAAAAUUAGUAGCUUAAACAAGAUGAAGUGUUUAUUUUUGUUAUGUUUGUGUUUGGUUCCCAUUGUGGUGUUUUCAUCAACUUUCACUUCCAAAAAUCCCAUUAACCUACCUAGUGAUGCUACUCCAGUACUUGACGUAGCUGGUAAAGAACUUGAUUCUCGUUUGAGUUAUCGUAUUAUUUCCACUUUUUGGGGUGCGUUAGGUGGUGAUGUGUACCUAGGUAAGUCCCCAAAUUCAGAUGCCCCUUGUGCAAAUGGCAUAUUCCGUUACAAUUCGGAUGUUGGACCUAGCGGUACACCCGUUAGAUUCAUUGGUUCAUCUAGUCAUUUUGGACAAGGUAUCUUUGAAAAUGAACUACUCAACAUCCAAUUUGCUAUUUCAACAUCGAAAUUGUGUGUUAGUUAUACAAUUUGGAAAGUGGGAGAUUACGAUGCAUCUCUAGGGACGAUGUUGUUGGAGACUGGAGGAACCAUAGGUCAAGCAGAUAGCAGUUGGUUCAAGAUUGUUAAAUCAUCACAAUUUGGUUACAACUUAUUGUAUUGCCCUGUUACUAGUACAAUGAGUUGUCCAUUUUCCUCUGAUGAUCAAUUCUGUUUAAAAGUUGGUGUAGUUCACCAAAAUGGAAAAAGACGUUUGGCUCUUGUCAAGGACAAUCCUCUUGAUGUCUCCUUCAAGCAAGUCCAGUAAUAACAAAUGUCUGCCUGCUAGCUAGACUAUAUGUUUUAGCAGCUACUAUAUAUGUUAUGUUGUAAAUUAAAAUAAACACCUGCUAAGCUAUAUCUAUAUUUUAGCAUGGAUUUCUAAA